AUGAGCCCCACCACCUGCACCCUGAGGAAACACAAGACCAAUCGGAAGCCUCGCACGCCCUUCACCACGUCCCAGCUCCUGGCGCUGGAGCGCAAGUUCCGCCAGAAACAGUACCUCUCCAUCGCGGAGCGCGCGGAGUUCUCUAGCUCUCUGAACCUCACAGAGACCCAGGUCAAAAUCUGGUUCCAGAACCGAAGGGCCAAGGCCAAAAGACUGCAGGAGGCAGAACUGGAAAAGCUGAAGAUGGCAGCUAAACCUAUGCUGCCCUCCGGCUUCAGUCUCCCUUUCCCCAUCAACUCGCCCCUGCAAGCAGUGUCCCUAUCCGGAGCCUCCUACCUUUUCCAAAGACCUUCUCUUCCCCUCCUGCCCAUCCGACUCUAUGCCACGCCACGCCAGUGGGACACCGCGUAG